AAAACCCUAGUUUCCUCACUCAAUAUAGUCUCUCAUUGUACGCCCUUCUCUCAGGCAUCCCUCCUGCUCUCGGAAGAACGCUCGCCCUCACAGAUCUGUUUUUAGAGCGAAAACGUUUUUUCCGCGAAGCGAUGGCUCUGGUCUUGCAUUCUUGGAAGUCAAACAAAAAUGCUUUCAAAGCUCAAAUUGCUGGAGAAUACAAUGGUGUUAAAGUUGACAUUGUCCCAGAUUUUACAAUGGGCGUAAGCAAUAAGACACCUGAAUUUCUCAAAAUGAAUCCGAUUGGGAAGGUUCCUGUGCUGGAAACACCUGAUGGUGCUGUCUUUGAAAGCAAUGCUAUUGCUCGCUAUGUUGCUCGCUUGAAGGACAGUGGCUUAUUUGGCUCUUCCUCGAUCGAUUAUGGACACGUUGAACAAUGGAUCGAUUUCUCCUCAUUGGAAAUUGAUACUUAUAUUUUGACUAUACUCAGGCCUAGAUUUGGAUAUGGUGUUUACGAUGCUGCUGCAGAGGAAGCUGCCAAUACUGCUCUAAAGCGAGCUUUGGCUGCUUUGAACACUCACCUUGCUUCAAACACAUACCUCGUUGGACAUUCUGUGACACUGGCUGAUAUCAUCAUGACAUGCAAUCUGUACUUCGGAUUCACUUAUUGGUUUACUAAAAGCUUUUCUUCCGAGUUCCCUCAUGUAGAGAGGUACUUCUGGACAUUGGUAAAUCAACCAAAUUUCAAAAAGAUAAUGGGUGAGGUGAAGCAAGCAGAUGCUGUUCUACCGUUGAAAAAACCCGAAGAGGCUGCUGCAGAUGCCAAGCCAAAGGCUAAGGAUGAGCCCAAGAAACAAGAAGAGAAGCCCAAGGCCGCAGCUGCUGAGGAAGAGGAGGCACCAAAACCCAAGGCCAAAAAUCCUCUUGACCUGCUUCCUCCCAGUAAGAUGAUUUUGGACGAGUGGAAACGUCUCUACUCGAACACAAAAACUAACUUCCGCGAGGUUGCAAUCAAAGGAUUCUGGGACAUGUAUGACCCUGAAGGCUACUCCCUUUGGUUCUGUGACUACAAGUACAACGACGAGAAUACUGUUUCAUUUGUGACAUUGAACAAAGUCAGCGGAUUUCUCCAGAGGAUGGAUCUUGCUCGCAAGUAUGCAUUCGGAAAGAUGCUCGUGAUCGGAUCAGAGGCACCCUUUAAGGUUAAGGGGCUAUGGCUUUUCCGCGGACAGGAAAUCCCGAAAUUUGUGAUGGACGAGUGCUACGACAUGGAACUGUACGAGUGGAAGAAGGUCGAUAUCUCUGAUGAAGCCCAGAAGGAGAGGGUAAACCAAAUGAUUGAAGACCAGGAGCCAUUCGAGGGAGAAGCUCUUUUGGAUGCCAAAUGCUUCAAGUAAGAAGUAGAGGAACAGCCAAAAGGACUGACUUUGGGAGGAAGGUUUCUGUGAACUUUUUGGGUCGAUUUUGUUUUAAUGUUGUCUUUUGAAGUAGAUUUUGUCCUUUUUUAUUUAUUUGAGGCAAACUGAACCCACCCCUUUUUUAUUUAAAAUUUCUAGCCAUUUGGCUUUAUCGAGUGCUGUUAUGAUUUAUAGUACUUUCUUGUUCCCCAUUUGAUUUUUUUUGAGUAUGAUUAACUUUUCUAGAAA